AUGAGAAUCCCUUUGAUGGAGGAGUCUGAAGGAUUGAGAUAUCUGAUGAAGCUUCUUCCCGAGUACAUGAGGAUAGGAGGGGAGAGGUAUAUUCUGCACCGGAUUGGCAGGAUCAUUGGAGAAGACAGUUGGGCCACGGCUAUGUUCUGCCGGAAAUGCCUUUGGCUCUACAUUCCUGUUGUGAACAGCAGGAUGAAAUGUGAUGAUGGAAUUCUGAGGGUUGAGUGCUAUGGAUGCCAAGAGAAGCAUGAAUUUGACAAAGAGAAGCUUGGAAUUGUAAAAAACGGUCUUGAAGUCAAGGAAGACAGACUUGAAGAUUAUUUUGGAUAG